GUUUUUGUUAAACCAAGGAAUUAUAAUACAAGUGGCAAAAUUACCUGCAGUUAUAAUGUGAAUGAAAUACAAUUUCAUGGCACCUAAGAAAUAUUUAUGACUGCUAAAUUUCCUUUGUUAUGUGUGUCGAAAAGUUGUGUUUGUGAAAUAACCUCUCUUGGUUCCCUAAACAGUGUUGCCUGGGCUGGUGGAGCAUCCUGCGCUGAUGUCUCUGUGGUCUGACUGCAGUGGUGGUCUGUUUCAUACUACACUGGACCGAGUGCUGAAGCACAUGCAUCUCAGCUUUUCAUUACCACUGUGUCAGAUUCUGCCUCACUCUCCUGACUCAGUGAUCAGGAUGGUGGUGAAUGAGAUGAUGGACAGGAGCGAGCUGGCCUCUUCCUUGUGUCCAUCGCUGUCCCCUCUGGCACAGGAUAUCCUCACUGUGUUUCAGUUUCUCCGCUACACUCUUGAACACAAUGUCACGGACAUGGAGCGACACCUGCUGGAUUUAGCCAAAGCGGUCAUGCUUGAAGAAGCCCUGAGCUGUGGGGAUACAGAACGCUGUGUGAAGGAACUACAGGAAGUGUCCGUCAUGUGUCUUCAGCCCCGCCCUCAAACCUUGUGGGCCGUGGCUGGGCUGUUGACCUCUGAUGACCCUGAUGUAAUGAAGGCCGCUACAGCCUUCCUCUCCUCUGCUGCCUCACACAAACCCUUCAGGUCAAAG